AUGGCAUCUUCAUCCUCCAACAACAACAACACAAUAGCCGUUCCGAUGGCCUCUCAAAUGGAUACCUACAGCAGCGGUGAUGAUAAUGAUGAAUAUUCCCGAACGAAACACAUUCCUUCUCGACUCAUGUUGAAAAAGAAUUUAAAUAAUAAUAAUAACAUGAACCAUGCUUUGUCGUCAUCAAUGAUCAACAAUCCAAUACAACAACAACAUGAGGAACAACUCAUGGAAUCCGAGGAAUGUUUUGCAUUGCCUUAUUUUGAAACAGAAAAUCCAUUGAAAAAUCGAAUUGGACAAAUAACCAUGUCAGAUAUAUCACCAAGAGGACACGAAGUGUCACCUGUGGAUACGAAGAAGAUGGAACGAAGAAGAAGUUUGCAAUUGAAAAUUAAAAAACCAACAAGUGUUGCUUUAGGACAUCCAGAAGUGGCAAUUAUGUCAAAUGUCAAUAAUAGUGCCACACUUUCAUCUCAACAUCAACUCACUACGAAAAAUUCAUACGAUUCAGUUGUUGAUUUAAGUGAAUCUGCUCAGUCACAAAAAAUUAAGCCACCUCUCCAAAUAGCUGCCAUACCAAAACUCAAUCUAGGAAAGGUUGAAAAUUUCAAAGAUGAUGAUUACACCAGCAGUGGAAGCACCAAUGAAGACACCUCGUCAUUGUCAGAUAGAGAUUCAGUAACAGAGGCCUCCUCAGUACUUUCGAAAAAUCAUUCCACAGAUGCCUCUUCAACUUCCAUCAUGACAAAUUCCACAUUGACGCCAAAAGUCGACAAUUCCAAUAAUGGAACUUCACAUCAGAAAAUUCAUCCAAUCAACAAUUCUUCGUCAACAACUAGUGUGAUUCGAAAAUAUAAAAGACCUCACACCUCAAGAGAAAGUAGAAGUGAGUUGCAAUAUAUUGUGGCAAGCAGCAAUGCAGAAUUUGGAGGUGAAACAAAGAGCAAACAAAUUGCAAAAUUAUUGCUUUCUCAAAAUAAGGGGUGUGGCACACAACAAACAACUUCGACGACACCGGAGCAGAAUGGAAAUGUUGUGACAUCUUCAAUCCCCUCCUCCACAUCCACAAAUACCACCACUCGGCCGAACGUCUUCAAUUCUGGAAACAACUCCCCAUCCAAAGUUCAAAUACAGAGAAACUUAAAGAGACAUUCAGUGGCACGAGAAUUUCACAAUUUACAAGAAUACUUGCAAAGCCGAAUUAAGGAGCAACAACAAUUAAUGUCCCCUCCUUCGCCUACCUUUAAACCUCAACAACAUGAUUUUUCAAAACCUCCAUCCAUUGCUACACCUCGAUCAAGUGCUCUCGAGAGUAAACUAUUGACCAUGGCCAAUAAUUUAAAGAGGACAAGUCAAGUAUUGGAGUUAAAUGAACAGCUCUUGAAAGAGGAAAAAAGAAAAAGUGCUCAAGCAUGGACAUUGUUGUCGACUCUUGAAGAUGAUCACAGCAUGUCACAACUGAAAUAUGAAGAGUUGAAAUUCCACUACGAAGUGAAAUGUGAAGAGCUCAAAUAUGCAAAGAAGCACAUGGAAGAAAUGGAGGCACAAAUUAAAAAGUUAGAAGGUAAUUACAACUUUUUGGAUCAAGAGAAAAUCAGAUUGCAACGAGAAGUGCAAGAGCUGAAGCGAGCACUCGAAAUGAAGGAGCAAGAAGGUCAACAAAGGUGCUGCUGCAUCAUGUAG